GUUUCAACCAUGCCAGACCAGGUUCGCCAAGAUGCUUGGACGAAACUCGGGAAUCUUUGCGUUCACUCUGCCAAGUUCGACUCUCCACAGCGACAGCCCUUUUCCCAGUGUCUCCAGGGCACACGUGUACAGCUCCUCGAUGCUCUCCGCAAAACCAUUCGCACGCAGGAUCAGAAGAUCAUUUGGCUUUUCGGAGAGUCGGGGACAGGCAAGUCCGCCAUAGCCCAUACCCUCGCACAGGAGUUCUCCUCCUCCGACGCCCUCGCAGCGUCAUUCUUCUUCUCCCGUCGGCAUGACAUCCGCAGCACUACCGAUCGCUUCAUUCCUACCAUCGCUUAUCAGCUCGGUCUGUUCCAUCCACAUGCACAAAUCAAGAUCAUCGACGCUCUUGUUCGCGAUCCUGCUCUCCUUGAUCCCGACCGCUCUCGUGAAGACCAGCUCACCCGACUUAUUUUGGCGCCGCUUCGCGAACUUAAGAUGGGUUGGAAAGAUUCUAAAAGAAAGAUACUCAUGAUCCUCGAUGCACUGGAUGAAUGCGAGCCGGGUCUUGGUAAUCACCAGUUGCGGCAGCUUGUUUACUUCUGUGUCAAAGCGCUUCAGGGAGAAAACUCGGCAAAUUUCCAUGUGGUGAUGACCAGCCGCCCGUACGACAGUAUCAACGACGCCAUGAGUCAAACGAGUUCAAUCAUACCUCUUGAUAUCGACGACUAUAACGCAUCAGAAGAUAUUGAGCUUUUUCUUCGCUCGUCGUUCAGACGAAUGGGUAGUCAUCCUUCAGUUCUAUGGCCUUCGGAAUCCGACCUUUCCCUAUUAUUAGAGAAAGUGGCUCGCAGGUUUAUCGUAGCCACCACAGUGAUGAGGAUGUUGGAGCAAAAACGCCCGCCGGAACGUCGCUCAUUCUUGUGCACUCUGCUCCAGACUGGCCAGCUUAACAGCAUUGACGAGUUGUAUCGUGGGGUUAUUACGACAUCGCAGUAUUCUUCCAAGGCUGCAUGGCUGGUUGUUAUUAUUCUCUCACUACAGCAGCCACUGUCCACACCCGAACUCUCCCAUCUCCUUCAUUUUGAGGUGCGACCUAUGCUUGACUCCAUUGCAGCCAUCAUCUCCGUCCCACCCACGAACUCCAGAGAGCUCGUCUCAACCUAUCACACGUCCAUCCGUGAUUUCUUUUGGGAUGCAACACGCUCCCAAAAUCUCUAUGUUGAUCCAGCGGUCGCCCACAGUCACCUCGCAUCCAGCUCUUUAGCCCUCCUUAACGAUUCGCUCACGAGAGACAUUUGCGGAUUAGGCGAUGCAUCGCUCUUACAUUCCGAGAUAGAGGACUUUGACAUCAAGAGGGAGGCGGCCAUAUCUUCCGCUCUUGAAUAUGCCGUGACUCACUGGCUUCAUCAUCUCCACGAGUCGCCACCCGAUUCCAGGCUGCAAGAGCUCCUGUCUUUGUUUGCAAAACAGCACAUACUCCACUGGAUUGAAGCUGCCUCCAUUGUGGGUAGUUUAAACUCCUGCAUAGCGUCUCUAUUUAAAGCACUUGCACGAGUGAAAACUUGGCAGUCUAUCGCCGAUCAAGAAUACAUCAACGAUCUUUUAUACGAUGCCUAUAGGCUCAUGAACGAGUUCCUUGAUUGCAUUAGCGAGUCUUCCCUACAUGUUUAUCACACUGCCAUCCCCUUGUGCCCAACACAGGCAAGCUUAAGACUCGAAGAGCACUACGCUGCGCAUGUAAAAAAGGCAUCAACAGUCGUCAUAGAGGGACUGGAUGACAAAUGGAGCCCCAUUAUCCGUGAAAUCAGCUUCAAUGGUGGCCUCGUCGUUUGCGUUUCUUUUGACGCGCGCCUUGUCGCAGUUGUCAGGAAAACGAUCGUCGAGAUAUGGGACAUUACAGCUGGUCUCAUGAGAACCUCUCACGAUAUUUCGGCACGUCGUUCAAUUUUCAAUUGUGCUUUCGCCAGGGACUCCUCGUCACUUGCAUACUCUUCGGUAUACCAAAACAGCAUCGGACGUUUAUCCAAUUCGAGUCUUGAAGUGCACGUUUGGUCACUGUCUACCAACAUGGUCUUGUUGAUUGAUAACACGCCGCCUAGCACUAAAUCUCUUCGACUUAGGGGGGAAGUUGCUAUAUCCUCGUUGGGUGAUCGUGUAGCCUGGGCGACAGAAGAGACACUUAGUGUUUCUUCAAAGGAUAGAAACGGUGCAGCGCAAUUCAGCCUUAACUUCAAGAGAAACUUUGGGGAUGUUACUAGC